AUUGUGGGAAGCUUCUCUCCGCAAUUGAAAUCACGCUCAGUACAACAUUAUCGACAGACUGCUUUUCUAGCUGCACGUGUUUGCUAUACCAUUGUCUGAAGAGAUUUUGUCUGCUCGCAGUCUGGCCAUUUGAAAUAUUCUGUGUUUUUACAGAACAUCUUUAGCAUUUUUUCCGAAAGGUGCUUUGACUUUUUUCACCCAAUUCCUGGAGCCCAAAACUGCUACGGGACUACGAUAUUGUUCACAAGUUAUAUAUCGCUAAAUAAUUUGUGUGAAGCGUCAUAUUGAAGAUUUUUCUCAACUUGUUGCUUCUUAUUUUGUCAGAUAUUACUUCUUAGAUCUCGGAAUCUGCUGGUACUGAUAUUCCAUAGAAUUGUACGAAUACAACAUUUCGUGCCAUCACAUACAAUUAAACAAGUUCUUGACAAGAAGUGAAUCCCAUUAUUCAAAACUUUUGAAGAAUUUUGACUUUUCGUGAAGACAUCGCCAUUUUUCUGUUUAUCCGUCUAGUUUUGAGUUCAUCUGUUCAUCUUAAUUACCAUCCAUAUUUCUGAAUUAUGGAAUCAAACGAAUCUCCGAACCCAUACAUGUCUCGACCAAUCAUAUUAUCGCCUCCUCCUUUGGAGCAACAUAAGUUUGCUAAUUUCCAGUCGUCUAGUGCUUCAACCGCUGCGUCUACUACUCCUUCUGGAAGUGCCGGAUCCACUCAACAGCUCCCUGUUGGCCACGCUGAAAGGCAGCAAAGUGUUGGUUAUAACUUGCAGCACGAGUUUGAGACUUUGACAGUCGACUUGGACUUAGACUUAAGAAACAACCGUGAUUCUAAUUCUAUUACAAGUUCUUCUAGAAACAACACCACUGGCGGAAACCCAUCCCCGGCUGCUGCUUCGUCAACUUCCUUGGGACAUGGACACAGCUUGUUGGCUCCUGCAGCUUCUAAGCACGGAUUCUCGUCAGAAUUGCUUAUGUCCAGUGGCAACAGCUCUGGUUUGAAUCAUCCUUUCAGGGAAAACGCCAUUUCGCCUAUCCCUGCUGUAGCUUCUGCCAACGCUGGAAUCGCGUCCUUAUUGGCUACAACCAGUUCAGGAAAUACUACGAAUAACGGCAACCUGCUUUUGCAUCCACCACCUCUCGCAUCUAUACCCAAUAGACCUCAGUCAGUGAACGAUUUCUCAAACUUCUUCAAUCGUCAGCAGCAGCUCGAACCACAAGCCCUGGCUCCCUUGACUUCCAACUUCUAUCUGGAACUCAUGACUUUCACAGGCUGGAUUGAAAACUUGAAUCCCCAGGACACUGUAUCCAUGAUUGAUUACUUGUGCUCCAACUUGCCAUUGGAUAUCUUACUCACCUUCAAGUCCAAGUUGGACAACCACUUGACGUCUCAUCCCUCGCAGCAAAAGGGCCAGACUGCCCCACCGUAUGGCAAUAUCAUGUCGCCGUAUAGCUCUUAUUCCCAGCUGGACUUGUAUAAUGACAUGGAUCAAUUAAACUUGGGCAAUGAGAAGACUCUUACCCAACCACAACCAACCCAUCUCUACCAACCAAAGCCAAAACAAAAUACUUAUAGAACCGCAGCGCAGUAUCUUGCUUUUGUAGAGCAAAAGAACCCAAGACCGAAAUCUGCUGAACCCAGCCUCAAUGUGAAUGGAGCUAAUCGUUUUUCAGCACAUCAACAGUUUGAACGUGCCAAAUCGCCUACUUCUCAUUUAUAUGAAAAGACAAACUUUUUGCAAUUAGCUGCCGGCAACUCUCUGCAUAACACCCACUCUCAGCAACAGCAACAACCUCAGCAACAACCUCAACAGCAACAACAGCAACAGCAGCAACAAGGUUCUUCCCAAGAUGAUUCUUUAGAACUCAAUGCUCAUACUGCCUUGAAAUUGGGUGCUUUGGCCACCAUUAAUUCUCGUGUUGCUUUAGACUCUAACAGAAAGCAUGUCUACCAUCAACAUGCUGGAAAUGUCAGCUACUACCAGACGAAUGCUUCGCCUCAUUACCCUGGACAGCAGAUGAAGACGAUGGCUCAGUCACUUUCUCAUGAAGAACAGAUCAACAGAACAUUGAAUUCGUCGUCGGUGCCUGUUUCCAUCCAUCGUAACAAUGCCAAUAGUUCCAAGUCGCCAAAGAGCAAAAAGAGCGAACAGAAGCAAGAGAAUUUAUCAGGAAUAAACUCUGUCGUAACUGGCUCUACCAAUAUGAGUGUUUCAUCUAGUCUUACCGGCUCGUCUAACUCGUCUAUGCCUAGUGAAGUUGCCAACAUCGAAUUGUUGAACAACAUCCCAGCGUGGUUGAAGUUAUUGCGUUUGCACAAGUACACCGACUGUUUGAAAGAUACACCAUGGAAGGAGUUGAUCGAGUUGGACAACGAACAGUUGGAACUAAAGGGUGUUGCAGCGUUGGGUGCGAGAAGAAAGUUGUUGAAGGCAUUCGAUGCCGUCAAGUUGACAUUAGAAGAGUAAGCAUAUAUAGUAGGAGCUAUAAUAGCCAAAAUAGACAUUUUACGUGU